AUGUGCCGGACCCAUCCCUGGGUGGCCGCAGAGCUUUGCCUGGCUGUGCCUGCCAAGCAGAGCCAGAAAGGCCGGUCUCUGCUCCGUCUGGAAGCGCGGCCAAGUUUUUGGAACCGGUUGCAUGUGGCUCAGGGCCGGACAGACUUGGCAAGGGCGGGCAGCUCUCUCUCUCUGAGGGCAAGAACAGACCGGGUUCCUGGCAAGAAGGAGGAGGAGAACGAGGAGGAAGAAGAAGGCUCCGACCUGAAGCUGCCGGAUGACCUGCCAGGUGAAUCAGGGGAGGAGGGCGCGUCCCGCCUCGAGAUGUUUGGCUACAAGACCCAAGGCAUCCGGAGGGCCCUCUGCGUUGUGGGAUACGUCUUCUCCUGCGGAGGCCUUCUGCUCCUCUUCUACUGGAAGCCAGAGUGGGACGUCUGGGCCAAUUGUGCGCCAUGCAGUCUGGAGGAGGCAGACGUUGUCCUGCUCAGAACCACCGAUGAAUUCCAUGUCUACACGCGGAAGAAGGUCACCUGGGUCUCCCUCUCUGCCCUCAACCACUUCACCCCGGACCAUCCUGCCUUUGCUGAAGACGGCUCCCUCCUGAGCAAAGUCAUCAUGAAGCCAGAACUAAAAGUGCGCUGCCUUCGCGUCCAGAAGGUCUGCUACGCCUGGGACGCUUCUGCAAAGCAGUUCCUGAAGGUCGGAGCUCUUGAGGAAGGCCUCACCUGCGCAGAGAUCCAUGCCAAGUUCGGAGCCGGCCUGAACAGGGAGGAGCAAGACCUCAGGAGGACCAUCUGUGGACCAAACACCAUUGACGUGGAGAUCACCCCGAUUUGGAAGCUGCUCUUCAAAGAGGUAUUGUUGCCUAGCUGUGUAUUUUCUCUCUUCAGCGUCUGCCUGUGGCUCUCAGAGGACUACAUCGAGUACUCGGUGGCCAUCAUCCUCAUGUCCCUCCUCUCCGUUUCCCUCACCGUCUAUGACCUUCGCAAGCAAUCGGUGAAGCUGCAUCGCCUGGUGGAAUCCCACAACAGCGUCCGGGUCACAGUCUGUGGCAAAGAGACAGGCGCCCAGGAGCUGGAGUCGCGGGGCUUGGUGCCUGGGGACUUGCUGGUGCUGGGAGCGGGCCGGAGCCUCUUGCCCUGCGAUGCCAUCCUCAUCAGUGGUCAGUGCACCGUCAACGAAGGCAUGCUGACCGGCGAAAGCAUUCCGGUGACCAAGACGGCCUUGCCCCUUGACCCCAAGGACUGCCGGCCAUGGCCAGAGAGUUGUGCGGAGGACCAGAGGCGGCACCUCCUCUUCUGCGGGACGGAGCUCAUCCAAGCCAAGGGGGUCGGGAAGGGACCCGCCAGAGCUGUCGUCCUGAGGACCGGUUUCAACACAGCGAAGGGGGACCUGGUGCGGUCCAUCCUCUACCCAAAGCCCCUCAACUUCCGCCUCUACAGAGACGCCCUCCACUUCCUCAUGUGCCUCAUUGGGGUGGCGGCCAUUGGCAUGGUCUAUGCCGUCUGCGUCUUUGUCCUCAGUGGGGAAGAGGCUGGGGAGGUGAUCAAGAAGGCCCUGGACGUGAUCACCAUUGCGGUGCCCCCUGCCCUCCCAGCCGCCUUGACCACUGGCAUCAUUUACGCCCAGCGGCGCCUCAAGAAGAGAGGCAUCUUCUGCAUCAGCCCUCAGAGGAUCAACAUCUGUGGGCAGAUCAACCUCUUCUGCUUCGACAAAACUGGCACACUGACCGAGGAUGGGCUGGACCUCUGGGGGGCUGUCCUGGCCGAAGGAAAGAGCUUCCAGAGUGCCCACCGCUUCUCCUCCUCCGCCUCUCCGCUGCCGUGGGGCCCGGCCUUUGCAGCCAUGGCCACAUGCCAUUCCUUGGUGGUCCUUGACAGGAAGAUCCAGGGGGACCCCUUGGACCUCAAGAUGUUCCAGGCUACUCAAUGGGAAAUAGACGAUUCCAGCAGUAACGAUGGGGACGAUGGAGAAUCUGCACAGGUGUUGGUGGUCAGACCAGGAGCCAAGGCUGAACAGGUUGUUCCCGGCGGAGGAGGCCUGGCCGUCUUACGCCAAUUCCCCUUCUCUUCAGCCCUGCAGCGGAUGUCCGUCGUGGCGCAGGAACCCAGCGGCCAGAGGCACGUCUUCAUGAAGGGGGCGCCCGAGAAGGUGGCCCUCUUCUGCCGGCCAGAGACAGUGCCUCCCAGUUUCACCAGUGAACUCCAGCUCCACACCUCUCGGGGCUUCAGGGUCAUUGGACUUGCACACAAGAGCCUCCCGGAAGGAACGGGAACAGAUUCCCUAAACAGGGAAGCGGCUGAGUCCGGCUUGACCUUCCUGGGCCUCCUGGUCAUGGAGAACCGGCUGAAGGGCGAGACCAGGCCUGUCCUGGAGGAGCUGAGGGACGCCCGCAUCCGGACCGUCAUGGUCACAGGGGACAACAUCCAGACGGCCAUCACGGUGGCCAAGGAUGCAGGGAUGAUCCCACCGGGAAGCCAGGCGGUCCUUGUUGAGGCAGAUGCUUCAGAUGGUCAACCGUCCAUCACCUGGAGCCCUUUGGGGGAGAGCAAAGCGGACGCCUUCGGAGGAGCAGAGAGUUGUGCGAAGUUUGGAGGAGGACAACACCAUUUCUGCCUGAGCGGGAGGAGCUACGAGGCCAUUGGGCAGCACUUCGGUCACCUGCUUCCGGGGAUCCUCCUGAACGGGACGGUCUUUGCCCGGAUGUCUCCUGCCCAGAAAGCAAAGCUGGUGCAAGACUUCCAGAAGCUGGACUACUUUGUGGGGAUGUGUGGAGACGGGGCCAACGACUGUGGGGCGCUGAAAGUGGCCCAUGCGGGGAUCUCCCUCUCGGAGCAGGAGGCCUCCGUGGCUUCGCCCUUCACCUCCCAAAUCCCCAACAUCCAGUGUGUCCCGGAGCUGGUCAGGCAAGGCCGGGCUGCUCUGGUCACUUCCUUCUGCAUGUUCAAGUACAUGGCUCUCUACAGCAUCAUCCAGUACAUUGGGGUCCUCCUACUCUAUUGGCAAACCAACUCCUUUGGGAACUACCAGUUUCUGUUCCAAGACCUGGCCAUCAACACCCUCAUUGGCUUGACAAUGAGCCUGAACGGAGCGCACCCAAAGCUGGUCCCCUUCCGCCCCCCUGCCCGGCUGACCUCCCCUCCGCUGCUGCUCUCCGUGGUGCUGAACCUGCUCUUCAGCUUGGCCACCCAGGUCUGUGGCUUCAUCCUGGUCCAGCGGCAGCCCUGGUACCACAAGGAAGACUUCUUCAGGGCUUGUGCUCCAAGCAACGGCAGCUCCCUGGAGCCCCCUUCUGUGGCCAACCUCACUUUGGGGCUCAGCAGCCUGGCCAUCACAACGGAGGCCCCCAUGGCGACAGUGCAAGAGGAGGACUACCGGAGCUACGAAAACACCUCGGUCUGGCUGCUCAGCACCAUCAGCUGCCUCAUGGUGGCCGUGGUCUUCUCCAAGGGGAAGCCCUUCCGGAAGCCCAUCUAUCAAAAUUACCUCUUUGUCCUGGUGCUGGUGGUCCAGCUGGCCGUCUGCCUGUUCCUUCUCUUUGCCAACAUUGAGGAUCUCUAUGUACGAAUGGAACUCGUGUGCACCCCAAUGCUCUGGAGGGUCUCCCUGCUCAUCAUGCUCUUGGUCAACUUUGCCGUCUCCUUCAUGGUCGAGGAAGCCAUAAUCGAGAACAGGGCUCUGUGGAGGCUACUGAAGAGGGCCUUUGGCUACCAGUCCUCCAGCCAGUAUAAGAAACUGCAGAGAAGCCUGAACAGUGACUCAUCAUGGCCGCCUCUGAACAAAAUGGACUUCUCUGGAGCCACGGCAAUCCACAUGGACAUUCCUGGUGCCACCUACAUCAACCCAGGCUUUGAGAAUGACGGGGAGCCGGCUUGUAGCCUCCAUCUAUGAUGCUCGGUGGCCUUGGCUUGGUCACCAGGCCUGGACAGAUCUAAUUGUUGGAUGACCACUAUGAGGCCAUUUUGGGGUGGUGGGAGAGCUUCCAUUUUGCAUCUCCUUCGUAGAUCCAGGAGGCCACAAAGUUGUGAAGUGGA